GUGUGAAGUCUCCGGCCUUCCAAAAAUUCCACCCGCCCGCCCCCGGUCCCUACCACGGCAGGGACCCAUGGGAUCUCUGGAAGGAUCCUUGAGUUGGGUAAUGUUUCCUAUGCACUUCGUAAUGCGAUGAUAUCUUUGAGAUUUGGCCGGGGCCAGGGAAAAAGCGAAAACAUUGAAUAAACUUGAGGGCAUUAUCAGAGGGUGACUGAUAAGCGAAGGAGGGUGAGGUUCCUAGAAGGCAGUGGUGGAUUAGGACUCGCGAGUUACGCAUUACACAAAUGUCGUGACAUUUCUUCCACUCUUGACUUCCCAACCUUCCUAUUCCCCUUUUUUGCUUUCUUUUCUGUUUGUUGAUUAAUAAACCUUUUUUGUUCCUGUUUGGAAUCUCCCCCUCUUUUCCUUCCGCAGCGACCAACGUGCGCCAAUUAGUCCAUCCGCGUUGGCUUCACCGCCUUUCUAUGGGCUUUUUAUGUUUUCGCUGACGAGGAAAUGCAGCGAUGCGUGCGGAGAAGUACCCCAGACAAAAUUAAACCAAGACGAAUUGCUUAUUAUUAUUAUUAUUAUUACGGGGUGUCCUUUUUCUUUUAUAGCUUUUCCAUUGACUCUUUUUGUUCUUCUUUGUUUUCUUUCGCAAAAGGGAAAAAAAAAUAUGAAGAGAGCGAACGACGGACAAAGCGCACCCAGCUGAGCGUUGAUGGCGCGCAACAGCGUAGAUGCCUUGUUAUAUGGCUGUCUCUCUAUACCUAUAAGCACUCCCGCAUGUAUUUCCUAUUAAUUUUUCCCCUUUGAUUUAUAACCUUCUGCUGCAUUCCAUUGGCACUGAGCCUUUUUGUGUUGAUGUGUUCGACAUGGAAGCGUUAACUUGCGUGUUUUUUUCCCCCAAGAAGCGUACCAGCACCAGUUUCCUUUGAUUGUGUCGCACAAGCGUGUGGUACGCUGCUGACGGGGGUAAUAGGAAGAGGAUCUUCGCUAACGUGCGAAGAGUAGACACAGAGUGCGUGAAGAGGAAUGCGCCACGGUAUGUGCUGUUGCCCGUGAGGAUGACCUACAUAUAUUUAUCUACUGUCGUUCGCUUGGAGGCGCGAAUUGUAUAUAUAAAGCCCUCCAGCGAAAAGAGGAGGCGAAUAAAAGCCCAAAGCAAGACGAAACGGAACGCGGCCAUCCUUGUGUAAGAUAAAUAAAAGAAGAGAAAAAUGUUGUUUUUGUAAACUGGCACGUUCCCGCACGUCAGGACAUCUUUUGGCGACACUGCCUCUUUUUAUGGAGGAGCGUAUUUCCCAUCGAUGACGACACACAAGAUGAAGCAGACCGUGCAGCGUUAUUGCGUCUGCAAAUGGGCAUGACAAGGAGUUGGUUGCCAGGCCGCCGAGGUGGAUGCAAUAACCCCCCCUCUUACUUUGGUAGGCGUUGCGAGCAACCAAAGCGUUUCAUUCCAGCGGUCGUCGUUCUCGAUGAGCUCGUAAUGAUUUUUCUUUUCUUGUUGUUGGUGUUCAAUUUGACUUGUGCGGCUCUCUCUCACUCCUUUUGCUUUCUGGUCUUCUCUCCUCUUCUUCAUCUUCGAGAGAACAGUAUAGUGCUUUAAGGAAAGAGCCAUGCAGCUCAGCCAGAACGUGGCUCGCACGACGGUGCCGUCGUACUAUCACAUCCGCACCAACCUUCCGCAGCGCAAACCGCAGAACCAGUGGGAGGGCGUGUACUACUUCAGCGGUAUAACGAAGCGUCAGCAACACGUCGUGCUGCUGCAGCGCAAGCGCGAACGGGAGCAGGUUCUCCGCCAGUACAAUCAGCGCGUGGCGUCCCUGCGGAGCCAAUACGCACAGCAGCAGCAGACCCCUCUCACGAACCUCGCCGCGCGUGUGAACUUGUCGAUGGACCUGGCCAGCUGCGGAUUGCAUACCGAGGCUUCCGCUUGCGUCGAUGCGAUGCAUCAGGCCAGGGAGCUCCGCGUGAUGGACUACGUGAACCUCCUACGUGCGCUCAAAGCGAGUGAGAUGGGCACUUGCGUGCUGCACAGCGAGGCGGGCUGCGAUCCGGCACUCACGUUUAAGCUGCUCGGCGAUCAGGCUGGGGAGGAGCGCGCGGCGGAGGCGUAUCGGUGGUACGAUAUGGCAAUGACCGCGUUGGCGCGUGAAUGCGGGACUGGGGUGCGGGUGGAGACUACGCCGGCCGCCUCGCAGCUGACAAACGCGCUGAUGGAGGCUCUCCUGACGUGCGGCUACGUGCACGUGAGGGCGAUUCCCGACGCGGUGUACGACCGAAUGGGAGCCCGCGGCAUUAACCCGACGAUGUCCACCUACGACAACGUGCUGUUGGCGCUGUCGCUGACGGGGAACGUGACGGAGGCCGAAGACGUCUUCCGCUUCGUGCGGCAUCGUCAUGGUGAGCACAUGACCAUUCACAGCUACAACGCGCUGCUGCUGGGCAACCGCGAGGCGAAGCUGUUCGACCGCUGCGACGGGCUGUGGCAGGAGCUGGUGGACCGCCGCUGGCCCCGUGCGAGCCCGCUGACCUCCGAACUGUACCUCCGCGGCGUCGUUGACCACUCCUACGCCCCCAACUCGGAGGGCCUGCAGCGUUUCGGCAACGUGCACGCACUGGAGAAGAAGAAGAUCCCCAUUGUGCUCGCGCAGAUGGAUGAGCUCGGUAUCCCGCGCACGCACCUCUCCAGCCCGCUGCGCGACGAGGUCGAGGACGCACUGCGGAAGUUCUCCAUUUACCGCGGCAAGUUCUACGAGUGGGGCCGCGCCGUCAAGCAGUUCGACUUCAUCGAGUUCCGCCGCCGCCACGGCUGGAUGUACGACCUCCACGCCAUGAAGAACACCACAAAGAUUCUGCCCCCGGUGCGCGAUCCAAGUCAGCCGGACAGCACGAUGGCGGCGGCCGCCACAACCGAACUGCCCGCCUUCUUCUCGGAGCGACACCCGUGGGAGCGGCCGGCGCUGGAGUCCAUCUUGUCCGUUUCAGCGGAGCGCGAACGGCUUGACGACGUGCGGGCAGGCGACAUCUACUACGACGACACGAAGAGCCUGCACGAGCGCAGCAGCACGUGGAUGAACGAGGUACCCGAGACGCGGUACGACCAGCUCUACGGCGUGAAUCACCCGGACGUAGCGAAGAUCGGCAUCCGCGCGCACCUGGAUGUGGAGUACACGAACCGGACGGAGGUGAUGGAGCGGGAUGCGGCGCUGGUGCGGAAGUCGAUGCGCCGCGGCCGCCGUCUGCGCCACCGCGUGGAGGUGUCCCGCACGCACCGCAACGAGGGCUCACUGACCGCGAGGGACAAGAAGUGA